UCCCCUCUCUCUCUCCCUCCCUGCAGUCCCUGAUGGACGCGCAGAACUUGCGCAUCGAGGAGCUCUUGCAGAAGAUGAAGCAGCAGCAGUACAAGCUGGACAAGCAGAAUCUGCAGAUCAAAAGCUUGCAGAGCAAGGUCAAUCUGCUGAUCCCUCUGCACCUGAAAGACAACAAAACUCAGUCUCCAAAGUGGAAAAUCAACUUGAAGAAAAGCCUCAGCCACAGCAACCAAAGCCAGAAUGCCAGCACGGAGACUGCACUGCCCCAGAGUGAGUAUCUGCGUGUGCUGCUUUUCCUUACUGUGUCAAACCAGCAGCGAUUCCAGCAGCUGCGAAACAAAAGAUUUAGUUAUCCUGAUCCAGGAG